ACUGGAAAGUCAUCAGUUACUCAGUUCUCUUCACAACUAGUGUUUGGUUAACCUCGUCUACUUACUUACACGUAGCAAAAUCUAAGCACAACCUAUAACAAAAUGAAGGUUUUCGUUUGCAUCUUAGCUGUGGUGGCCACUGCCCAAGCAGGUUUUCUGGGCAUUGGCGGUGGUAGCGGUGGCGGCGGCGGCGGCUACUCAUACGGUGGCGGUGAUGGCGGUCACGGUGGACAUGGUGGACAUGGUGGCUACGAUGGUGGUCAUGGAGGUCAUGGCGGUCAUGGCGGUCACGGCGGCGAGGUGAAAAUCAUUAAGAUCAUUAGCGACGGCGGAGAUGGUGGUCAUGGCGGACAUGGCGGACACGGUGGCUUCGAUGGCGGCUACGGUGGCGGUCAUGGUGGUCACGGUGGUGGCGGUUUCAAUGGUGGAUACGGAUCCGGCGGUGAAUUGAAAAUCGUGAAAGUUAUUAGCGGAGGUAGCGGCGGCGGCGGUCAUGGUGGAUACAGCGGCGGCGGUCACGGUGGUGGCGGUCAUGGCGGUCACGGUGGAUACAGCGGCGGUGGCGGUCAUGGCGGACACGGUGGCGAUGUCAAGAUUAUCAAGGUCGUACAUGAGGAAGGUGGCAGCGCUGGUGGCUUCGAUGGCGGUUACGGAGGCGGUCAUGGUGGUUUUGAUGGCGGUUAUGGCGGCGGCCAUGGCGGUCAUGGUAGCGGCGGUGGCUACGGAGGUGGCGGCGGCUCCAGUGGUUGGGGCGGUUACAGUGGUGGCGGCGGCUACGGCGGUGGUGGCUACGGAGGCGGUGGCCAUUCCAGCGGCGGUGUUCAAGUCAUUAAAGUGAUCGCAGCAGGCGGUCAUGGUGGCGGUGGAUAUGGCGGUGGUGGCGGCUAUGGCGGCGGUGGCUAUGGCGGUGGUGGCUAUGGCGGUGGUGGCUACGGCGGUGGCGGCUACGGCGGUGGUCAUUCCGGAGGUCAUGUCGAUGUUUACAAAGUUAUAUCAGUCGGAAGUUCCGGCGGCGGCGGCCACGGAGGUGGUGGUUAUGGAGGCAGCGGUUGGUCUGGUAGUAGUGGCAGCGGAGGCUGGGGCGGUUGGGAUAGAAAGAAGUAAGAAAGCUGCCGCUCAACAACAACUAUCAUUUAAGUUUCCUAUAAGCCGUUAAGUGAUUUUUUGAAUCGAAAUGAUUUGAUGCACUACCAUUAGUUAUGUGCUUCGAAGGAUCCAGUCGAAGCGCUAAGAAUAUUUAAUGUACAAUUUUUUUAAUGGAAAAAGAGUGAUCACGAAUUAUAGUAUAGAGUGUGAAAGAAUGAAAUAGAAAAAAAAUAAAAAUAAAUCGAAAACAAAACAAUUAAAA